AUGGACCCACGGCAGCGACAAAGCAGGAAGAGGAACGGCUUGCCAGACCCGUCCGACGACCCACGCGCCAACUACACGAUCCGCGCCGUCACGCCCGACGACGACUCCAUCCCCGAGGACGGCAUCGCGAAGCAGCGCGACCCCAGAGUCGCCGUCUCGUCGCCCCAGGUCUCGCCGCGCGCCCUGCAGCGCGACAGUCCCCGGAGCUUUGUGGCCCGCUCCAACUCGAAUGAUGGAGAGUACUCGCUCAGAGGUCUGAGGGACUCGCACACCCGUCCACGCACCCGCACGCUGGAGGAGCGCACCACCCGCGACAAGUCGCCGCCCAACCUGUUCAUGACCAGCCGCCAUCGCAUUGGCUCUGUGCAUUCCACCGGCUCUGCAAACUUCCAGGGCCUCGAGGAAGCCGUCACGUCCAUCGGCCAUCCGUCGACCAUCUCUGCGCCCUCGCACUCGGCCUCCCGCGCCUCCAAUUCCAGCCGCAGCCGCAUGGUCAAGCAGCCUCCUCGCACAACCUCGCCCGUACCCCACACUGUGACCGCAACCACUGCGCAGCCCGAUUCCUGGGUCUCGCCCGUGCCCGCGUCCGAUGCCCGCAAGGUCCUGAAGCUCAUGAGGGCGACGUGUGGGAGGAUGCAGGGCAUGCUUGCGUUUCGCCGGGGAGAAAGCAAUCCGUGGUCGCUGUCAUACUGCUAUAUCAACGAGGAGUCGGGCAGCUUGGUCUACGAGCCCAAGAGCGACAAUUCAUACCACAGAACACUCGUCCCAGACCUGAGAGGCUGCCGCGUCAAGAGCGCAUACGACGCUGAGUCAUAUACCGCCUUUAUAGAUGUUUCUCUGCACAACUCGAGUCUAGAAGUCCAUCUGCGGCCGCCGACUCAGGAGGAGUUUGACUCGUGGUUCGCGGCGCUUCUGUGCUGGCAGCCAAUCCGCCCCAAAGGCAUCCAGAACAAAAUGGCCAAACCGCAGACUCCAUUGGUCCCGGAGCGGCGCCUUGUCGAAAGCCGCAGGCACUCCGAGGUAUCACUACUCAAGGAGGCGCCAAUUAUCAAAGUUGGGAAGAUGAUCUACUGGGAUACGAACGUGUCCUACAGCAACGUUGGGGCUUCGAAAUCCGCUGCCAGGCCGCAGGCCUACAGGCUCCAAAGCCACGGAUCUCGGCGGUGGAGAAGAGUGUCUUGCACAUUGCGUGAGAACGGAGAGCUGAAGCUGUUUGCAGACACCGACGUAACUUUAGUUUCUGUUGUUCAGCUAUCCCAGCUAUCUCGCUGCGCCGUGCAGCGACUAGACCCCUCUGUGCUCGACAACGAAUUCUGCAUUGCUAUAUAUCCACAGUACACCUCAAUGGCCACAUCCAUAUCAUUGCUACGACCCAUAUUUCUCUCUCUAGAAUCUCGUGUUCUAUAUGAAGUCUGGAUUGUUCUCCUCCGAGCUUUCACCAUCCCGCAGCUGUAUGGUCCGAAGCAGCCAGAUCUUGCGGAGGAACCUACGGUAUCCCCAAAUUUUACUUCGACAAUGCAGGACAUGUUCCGCAUGGAACGUUCUCUAAUGAUUAAAGUAGUCGAGGCUCGGUUAAUGCCUCCUUUGAGCCCUAAAGUUGCCGACUACAACGUCCCGAAUAGGCCGCCAUCGUCCAAUACGAACAAGUCUGGAGGCUACUACGUUGAGGUUCUUCUGGACGGCGAAACAAGAGCCCGAACCAUGGUCAAGAAUGAGGGAAACACACCCUUCUGGCGAGAGGAGUUUGAGUUUCUCGAUCUUCCAGCUGUGCUUUCUACAGCUUCACUUUUGUUGAAGAAGCGCCCGCCCAGCCAAGGCCAAAAGGAGCGAGCCCACCACGACCCUCAGCCGACAUCCGAAGCAUUUAGUUCGUCUGAUGGCACGGGCGGAUAUACGGGCAUCUCGUUCGAUCAGACUUGUGGCAAGGUAGAUGUGUACCUCGAUGAUCUUGGCCCAACCCAAGAGCUGGAAAAGUGGUGGCCACUCGUUAACAUGUACGGCAAUAGUGUUGGAGAAGUCCUCGUCAAAGUCAGCGCCGAAGAAGUGGUGAUAUUGAUGGCUCGCGAUUAUCAACCCAUGUCCGAGCUUCUCCAUCGAUUUUCUAACGGCCUCACACUUCAACUAUCCCAGAUGGUCCCCAACGAGCUAAAGAGACUCUCCGAGUGUCUCCUCAACAUCUUUCAAGUCUCUGGCCAAGCUGGGGAGUGGAUAAUGGCUUUGGUGGAGGAAGAAAUUGACGGGACUCUCAAGGAAACACCAGCAAGCAGACUAAGAUUCAGCAGGCGAUUAGGCUCCAGCGACUCGAGCGAAUCCUUCGGCUCAUCGAGUGAUCGCGAACUGUUUGUUCGAGAUCUUGGUAACUCUGCAAAAUUGGAAGCCAACCUGUUGUUCCGCGGCAACACUCUAUUAACCAAAGCACUAGAUUUCCACAUGAAGCGAUUAGGCAAGGAGUAUCUCGAGGAGACACUUUGUGAGAAGCUGAAGGAAAUAAGCGAAAAAGACCCCGAUUGUGAGGUCGACCCUAACAGGAUCCACUCUCAGCAUGAGCUAGAUCGAAAUUGGAGAAGGCUCAUUAAUCUCACCGAGGAUCUAUGGAAAGCAAUAUACAACUCGGUAUCGCGAUGUCCUCAAGAAUUACGAAUGAUCUUCCGGCACAUCCGAGCUUGUGCAGAAGACCGGUACGGCGACUUCCUCAGGACUGUGACGUAUAGUAGUGUCUCUGGUUUCCUAUUUCUUCGUUUCUUCUGCCCUGCGGUCCUCAAUCCAAAACUCUUCGGGCUGCUAAAAGAUCAUCCUAAACCAAAGGCGAGGCGAACACUUACAUUGAUUGCAAAGUCGCUGCAAGGGUUGGCUAACAUGUCAACUUUCGGAGCCAAAGAACAAUGGAUGGAGCCAAUGAACACCUUCUUAUCGUCCCACCGACAGGAAUUUAAAUCGUACAUUGAUAACAUUUGCUCGAUCUCCUCGGCAACCUUAACCCUUUCACCAAUUCCGCCCUCCUACAGCACACCCCUCGCGAUCCUGCAGCGCCUUCCACCCACCUCUCGUGAAGGGUUUCCCUCCCUUCCUUAUCUGAUCGACCACGCGCGCAACUUCGCUGCACUCGUCGACUUGUGGCUAAAUAACACCGUCUCGUCAGCCCAUAACAUUCAGCAGUCGGAUGGCGAUCUCCUGCGCUUCCACGAUAUCUGUACCUCGCUACACCAACGCACUGCGGAUUGCCUAAACCGGGCUGAGCGUGCAGAGCGCCCAUCCUCUAGUCUAAGUGUCAAAUGGGAAGAACUGGUAGAGCAACUUGAAAGCUCGGCAAGUUUCGAGCCUGUAGGCCAUUCAGUGAGAAAGGGCAGCAUGUCAGCUCCGAACAGCCCCGAUGACGAUCGCCCAAGCUCGUCUAGCGCCAGCACGCCAGUGACAAUGAAAUCGCUUCCUGUCCGGGGUUCCAGACACCAUGCCAGCUCAUCGACCAGUAUGCCAAUGGGUUCUGCUGUUUCAAUAGCCUCUGUAGCUUCGGCGACCGCAACCCCCGGAGGAAGCAGAUAUACGCGAAGCCUAGGAACUGCAUCGGCGUCAGCGUCGGCCUCUGCAUCUGCAACCGAGGAAACACCACCUGGAUCCAGAGAUGGAUUGGGGAUGUCAGCAAGCCAGUCGUUUACUGCUAACCCCAACACGCAUAUCAAUCUCUCAGCUAUUGCACCGUCUCGGUUCGCUUCUGGUACCCACAGCUCAGGAACUCGUAGUCUAGAAGGUAGCGAGGGCGCGCUCAGUGCAAGUGGGGAGGAGUACACGACCGCUCUUCCGCGGUUCGGAGAACGGGAGCGCGAACGCGCGCGAGAGAGAGAAAGAAGAGAGGGCAGAGGGAUUAGAAACGUUCUUCCCGGCUUCAAGAAGAAAGGGAAGAAAGACAAGGGCGAGAAGGAGGGAGACAAGGACAGCUGA